AUGUCAUCUUCAAAACCCGCCCUCCGCCCCGGGCCCCCACCAUUCCCAAACAGCCCAUACCCCUCCAACCCCCACGACAACCCCGACCAAGACACAAGUGCCCAGCCCCAACCACCCGCGCGCACCAGACUCCACAUCGACUUCCUAAACUACAACAGAUGGAACAGGCUCUACUACACCGGCUCCAACCCACGGGCCUUCGUAAGCCAGUGGAAAUUCCUCCUCUCCCAAGCCCAAGCCUCCAUCGCCUUCCCAAUUCCAAUCGGAAUCGUCCUCCUGCAAUUCCUUUCGGCUGCGUCCGCCUGCUCCGCUGUUCGCCCCUGGCUAAUGGCUCUCGGGGUUAAUGAGCACCUUCACCCCACUGCCAUGCUGGAGUCUGUCUUUGGCGACUUUGUCGUCGCGGAGGAAUGUCGCAUUUUGUACAGUGCUCAGUGGGCUUUUCGGGGUCUUCAUGCGGCUAGGACGACGCUGCAGUUUUGCCCUUUUCAUGAUCGCCAGGUUUAUCAUUCGCCUUCUGAGUGCUUUAUUAAUCCUAGGAAUCUGAGGUUUAAGAAUGGGAGUGCGAGUGCGAGUGGUGGGGCUGGGAGGGGGGAGGCUCGGUCUCUGUCUCUGUCUCUGUCUCAGUCUUAG